UUCGAAUCACUGAAGUGAGUCAAAUCAGUAAAGCGAUUCAUAACAGACCGUCAAGGCACGGAGACUAAGCGUUUUGACGUCUGUCUGCUUUCUGAUUGGACGCAACAUGGGCUCGUGUGGAGCGAAAGGGCGGAUGGAGGCGAGUCUAAUGUGAUAUAAAGGCACGGAGAGGAGGGGAAGGAAAAAAAAGCGUGCAGACAAGGCGGAAAGAACGAAGGAGACAGAGGGGAGAGAGGGAGAGAGAGAGAGAAGGGGUCUCGUCUCAUCUCUUCUCCUCUCCUCAUCCAGCGCGCGCGUGCAUGUGUAUGGAUGACCACCUGAGUCUCCUCCGCUCUCCUCCGCCUUCCUCGUCCAAGCACCGGGGCGACGGCACCCAGGUGAACCGCGGCUACACCGACACGGAGCGCGAGGACACCAUGACGGUGGUGGCGUGCGGCGAGAGCAACCUGGAGGAGCCCGCGCUCGAGCGCUACGAGACCCAGCACGAUUGCUGCGAGCGCGUGGUGAUCAACAUCUCCGGUCUGCGCUUCGAGACGCAGCUCAAGACGCUCGCGCAGUUUCCGCAAACUUUACUCGGCGACCCGAAAAAGCGCAUGCGCUACUUCGACCCGCUCAGGAACGAGUACUUCUUCGACCGCAACCGACCGAGUUUUGACGCCAUCCUGUAUUACUAUCAGUCCGGCGGGCGCAUCCGGAGACCCGUGAACGUUCCCAUCGACAUUUUCUCCGAGGAGAUCCGCUUCUACGAGCUCGGCGAGGAGGCCAUGGAGAAAUUCCGGGAGGAUGAAGGGUUUAUUAAAGAAGAAGAGCGUCCUUUACCGACGCGCGAGUUCCAGAGGCAGCUGUGGCUCUUGUUUGAAUAUCCUGAAAGUUCAGGUCCGGCGCGCGCCAUCGCCAUCGUCUCGGUGCUGGUCAUUUUGAUCUCCAUCGUCAUCUUCUGUUUGGAGACGCUCCCCGAGUUCAGAGAGGAUGACAACCGAGAGCCAGCACUCACCUCCACCAUGAUGAACUCCACCACGACGGUUCUUCCGAGCCCGUUCUCGGACCCUUUCUUCGUCGUGGAGACGCUUUGCAUCAUCUGGUUCUCGUUUGAGCUCCUGGUGAGAUUCUUUGCGUGCCCGAGCAAAGCGACGUUCUCCAAGAACAUCAUGAAUAUCAUCGACAUCGUAGCGAUCAUUCCGUACUUCAUAACGUUAGGGACGGAACUCGCGGAGCGCCAGGGGAACGGUCAGCAGGCCAUGAGUUUAGCCAUUCUCCGAGUGAUCCGUCUGGUGCGCGUCUUCAGGAUCUUCAAACUCUCACGCCACUCCAAGGGCCUUCAGAUUCUGGGACAGACGCUCAAGGCGAGCAUGCGGGAACUGGGCUUGCUCAUCUUCUUUCUCUUCAUCGGGGUCAUCCUGUUCUCCAGCGCCGUCUAUUUCGCAGAAGCGGACGACCCAGACUCGGGCUUCAACAGCAUCCCGGAUGCCUUCUGGUGGGCCGUGGUGACCAUGACGACAGUGGGAUAUGGAGACAUGCACCCUGUGACGAUCGGGGGUAAAAUCGUCGGGUCGUUGUGUGCCAUCGCAGGCGUUUUGACCAUCGCUCUUCCUGUCCCGGUCAUCGUCUCAAACUUCAAUUACUUCUACCACCGGGAGACGGAAGGAGAAGAGCAGGCGCAGUACCUACACGUCGCGAGCUGCCAGCCACUCUCGUCCUCGUCCGAGGAGCUGAAGAAGACGCGCUGCUCAUCCUCGUCCUCGCUCAGCCGGUCCGAGUACAUGGUGAUCGAAGAAGGAGCCUUCACCCAGCCCAACUUCCCGUCUCAGAACAACCAGAACUGCGUCCAUAUCAAAAAGAUCUUCACGGACGUUUAAGACUCAUUUGAAUUGAAACAGUUUAACGGACUACAAUGACAAUAAUUAUCCUUCCUCGAGUCGUGUGUGAAGGUUAGACAUGACGGUGACCUCCAUUUUACGCUUGACAGGUGAGGAGAGACGUCAAAGCCCCCAUGUGUCCAUCCGCUCGUCCAUAGUACCGUGUGCUCUCAGUGUUAACUCGAUAGGAGACGCUAAAAGGACAAACGCUAAUUAUCUUCCACUUAAUGAUUAGUAUUAAACAGAAGUGACGUAAGCUAGUGUGCUUCCAGUUUUAAUCAGUUUCUCUGCGUAAACACUCCCCAGAGAAAUAGAUAGAGCUAGAGAGAGAGAGAGAGAGAGAGAGAGAGACUCAGUCUGGAGUUUAUCAUCAUAAUCCUAAAAUCUCAUUAUAAUAAUGGACUUGAAUACUUUGGGUUAUUUUCCUGUCUUGUGUGUCAUCAGUAUUUCAUAUCAGUGCAAUAAUGAACACUGUUAUGCAAGUGUGCGUGAUUGACACACACACACACACACACACACACUUACACACAUACACACACCUAAUUUUGAGUACCGAAGGGCAAGGGAAAGGGAUAAACGAUAAAGAGGGAGGGAUAGAGACAGCAUCCUGCUCACUCCUGGAAAGAUGAGGUCUCCAUAGUGACGCCGGUUUCCCUGGUAACCCGCUGCUGUUGCCAUGGCAUCCUGAUCGGUUUCAAGGGCGAGACUCCAGAUGGCUGUGCCAUGAAUGAAUAAACGAGCCAGGAUGCACAGUGGAGUAAACAAACACGCAACAGGCGUUCCACACACUCCGGGAUGAAGCGCAGGAAACGAGGACGUCUUACAGAGGAGUUGUUUCUGGUGUUCUAAAGAUGAGACGCUUCAUCCCAUCGUGCGAAGGCAGAGCGGAGUUAUGAAUGAAUGCUGACACACUCCUUCCGCCCCGUGGAGUGUGAGCGCUCAGUGCUAAGGAACAGCCAGGAAAGGGAAGAAGACUUCAAUUCAUCUUCAUUUGCCAAACGGAGGGAGGAGGUGCCUUCAGAUCUGCCCUAGGCUCUGGACUUUUUCUUCAGACUUUUGCCCUUGAACUUUGCUUCAGACAAAAGGCCUAACCUUUUACCAUAAUCUUUUGCCCUUGUUUGGCCAGUACUAAACUUUUGCUCUAGACUUUUGCCCUAGACCUUUACAUAGCCUUUAUCCAAAUAGUCAAAUCCAAAUAGUUUCACCUUGGACCUUUGGCUGAAAUAUUUGUUCCAGUCCUUUACCCCUGGUGUUUGUUCUAGCCUUUUGCCCAGGACUUGUGCCCUAUGCUUUUCCCCUGGGUAUUUAUCCUAGAUUUUUUUUUUGCACUAGCUCCACCCAUUGUUUUUUGCCAUAGCCGCUCUCUCAGCUUGUGCCCUACAGCUUUGCCCUGGACUUUUUCCUUUAGACAUUUGGCUUGGCCCUUUGCCGUUGGACGUUUGCUUCAGACUUUUGCCCUAGAUGCUGAUCCCAGACUUUGGUCCAUGGAUGCUUGCUGUAGCCUUUUGCCCUAGACUUCUGCCCUCACCACAUGCCUUUCUUCAUCCUGUUAUUCAACUCUCUCUUUCAUUCUCUCAAUUUCAGACUGUUACUUUAGGUGUGUGUGUGUAUAUGUGUGUGUGUGUGUGUGUGUGUGUUGUUCCUGCUGCUAUAAGUGCAAAGCCUCACUAAAGUGCCCCUUCUUGCCCUCCUCCCUCUUUGUGUGCUGCAGGAGGAGGGCGAAUGCUAGUUAUGCUAAUUCCAUCCCUUCUCACGUGCUGUCAGGAUGUGAUGUCAUCAUUGACGUGGCUGUAUAAAAUGGAUAGAUGUGAACACA